AUGGCACAUCCAAGAUCUCGAACACCGCGUCAGCAUCAGCAUCCUGGUAGCUUUGGGACAUACAGGGAGCGAGAGUUCUUUAGAUACCUACCUCCGUACCAUCUCCAAACCCAUCCUAUACCUCAUAUCGAUCGGGACACUCCAUCUACGUUUGCCGCUCGAUCUUCGUGGGACCCCGCUCUGACCUCCUUCGCCCAGUUGGGCACUUUACGCCUGCACGCCAAACGAACGUUGAUUUCACUAUUUGGUCGAAACGAGCAGGUUGUUCUCGCCGAGGCUACUCAGACACUGAAAAUUCAGGAUGAUGACAGCGAAGAUGCUCGCCAGGGAUUGUGGAUUGGAUGCUGCACCAUGUCCUACGAGCGUAGCCUCUGCAAAUUCUUGAUGAAUAAUUCGCAGGCUAUUGAGAAACCUCAACCGCUUGUUGUGACCAACAUGACCCUACAUGAAGAUUUCAAGAACCACCCGGAUGUGACGAAUGAUCCUCAUAUACGCUUCAUGGCAUGCAGCCCGAUUAUCAGUCCCAAAGGAAUUGUGAUUGGCGCUUACACAGUUUUGGACGAUAAACCGCACGAACCUUUGGAUGCCAACUCUAUAAAAUUCCUGAACGAUAUCGCACACACGGUUAUGGAUCACUUGGUCGCGAAGCGGUCUCUACAUGAACAUCUUCGAGGUGAGCGCAUGAUAGUUGGAUUGGGAAGUUUUCUGGAGGGCAAAGGUUCUUUGCGUAAUUCUUGGAUCAACGCGAAUGAGAGUAUUCUGACGCCGUCCCCGGGCGAAGACACUGAGAUGGAGGGCCAUGUCAAUCAACAGCAGCAGCAGAAACAAAUUUCCGAACAUGCAACCCCGAUCGCGAGAUACAACGAUGGCCAAGGCUUUCGACCGUUCCGCCCACAGAAUUUUAACACCAAAAAGGCCGGGAAAACCCCAACUCAAAUAAACCAGGAGAGGGAAAUGGCCACUCCAGAUGCCAACGCAAGAGACUACUUCUAUGCUCGGCCCCGGAAUAGACGUGCAUCUCAUACGACUACGCACAGGGAUCCGCUCAAGAAGCCCCCGAGGGAUAGCUAUGCUUCCAAAGUAAAGGAAACAUUUUCCCGUGCGGCCAAUAUCAUUCGCGAGAGUAUCGAGGUUGAAGCUGUCGUUUUCUUCGACGCCAACUUCGGCUCUCGAGACGCGUUGGUCAAUACAUCCACUUUCGAUUCAGAGAGUGGCGGGAGCAGUAUGGAGAGUAACUCCUCAAGUGAGGAGGAAGCCAAGCGGCGUGGAACCCCCACGCAGCAAGAUAUAUCCAGCGAACCGCAAAUAGAGCAUUGCGGAACAUCCACAAAGAACCCAUGCAAGCUGCUCGGAUUCGCAACUUCAGACGCUGCCAGCGUAAGCAUGGACUAUAUGUUCGACAAAAAAGUUGCCAUAUCCGAGAACUUUCUCGGGCAGCUUUCGCGUCGAUACCCUCGGGGCAAAAUCUUCAAUUUUGGCGAAGAUGGAAGAUUAUCUUCCAGUGAAACCAGUGACCGUGGCACUUCAUCCAGUGGUGGCAAGAAAUUUAAGAGAACUAGGAGGGCAUUCAUACGGCAGGAUGCUGUGACACUCUUGCAGCUUGCUCCCGCUGCCCGAAGCAUUGUUUUCUCGCCAUUGUGGGAUUCUCACAAAGGGAGAUGGUAUUCUGGUUGUCUGACGUGGACGAGAGCUCCUCAUCGUGUUCUAACCUCCCAGGAUGAGUUAGCUUUCUUAUUCGCGGUUGGGCAUAGUGUCAUGGCGGAAGUUCAUCGACUCGGCGCUGUUUUGAUAGAGCGAGCGAAGUCGGAUUUGUUGGCCGGAAUCAGUCAUGAACUUCGCUCGCCCCUUCAUGGGAUCUUUGGAACUGUCGAUAUCUUGAAUGAUACCGUCAUGGAUGUCCUACAGCGUGGAUUGGUACAUACGAUAUCAUCUUGUGCCUUCACACUCCUUGGCUCCAUAGACCAACUUCUUGAAUAUGCUAGCAUCAACGAUGUUCGUGCAAGACCUAGCAAAUUUGAAGCCCAAACUGCCCCCAAUGCUGUUGCUCGACAGAGUUCACCGCUCGAUAAGGAUUCUAUUGUUCAACUGGAUGCUGUUGUGGAAGAUGCAAUUGAAACGGUCUUUGCAGGCUAUUCUUUUUUCAAGAGUCCGAAUAGCCCGUUAUGGACUGCUGCCCACACGCAGAAUCCCUUCGGCUUCAAGGGUGGAGUUAAAGUCAUUCUUGACAUUGACAGUGCCCAAAACCUGAAAUUUGCAACCCGCCCCGGAGCAUGGCAUGUGAUUUUGACGAACUUCUUCGGAAAUGCCUUGAAGUUCACUGAUGAAGGCUUCAUUUAUGUUUCUUUAAAGGCUAUUCCAAUGAAGUUUAAGUCCGAUGGCCAAGCCACGCAAUCAAAGGUCACAUUGUGCAUCAAGGACACUGGGUGCGGCAUGGAAGAAGAAUUCCUCAGGAGCGAAUUGUUUACCGCCUUUUCUAAAGAAGACAGAUUGUCACCAGGUAAUGGUUUAGGGAUCAACAUCGUGAACCGGAUCGUAUCAUCUCUCGGUGGCGAGAUCGAGAUCAGCUCUCAGAAAGGCGUCGGUACGGAGGUUGUGACAACAGUGACCCUUGACCAUAUUCCAGAACGGACGUCUCACCGCAGUUUGAAUGAUGUCCCGUUUCCUUUGUCCACGAGGAAUCUCGUGAAGCAGAAAACUAUCGGGAUUUUGCUCCACACAUCCUCCGAUGGGGAUGCGGCCUUGCUGUCAUCCAUACACAAGUUAUGCCAAAACUGGUUCCAAAUGAAAGUCGAAUUGGUUGAGCCAUCGAGCAUGAAUGUUAGCCAAUACGACUUCUAUAUUUCCCUCCAUCAAUCUUCGGCUGCAGGGAUUCAUGAGAUGCUACCAAUUCGCCCUCGGUCCAACAAGCAAUUGCCCCCGCCUGUCAUCAUCAUCUGCUCCUCUCCAAGGAUUGCGCACACCUUGGCAUCCCAGGAUCGAAGGGAACCCGGGGUCUUCGAGUUCAUCAGCCAGCCAUGUGGACCUCACAAAUUGGCAAAAACAUUGGAAAGUUGCCUUCAACGCCAGCAGCUACGCCGUGACUCACUACUCGGCAAGCGAAGAGGAUCUUCAGUCUCACAGCCCGAGGAUCUCGAUCAUCAUUUGAACGGACGAUCAAAGAGGGAUUCAAUCCCAAUACGCAAUGCAGACCCGAUUCCACCCCUGGGGCCGCUACAAAUGCCCAGCGAAGCCUUCGCCGAGCCUCUCGUGACACCUGUUUUGUCUGUACCUGCAGGUAUGGACUUGGACUUUCAACCUGAAGAUUAUCUGGCAGUCCACCCACAAGUCAUCCUCCCCAGAACCAUCCUCCUCGCGGAUGACAAUGAGAUCAAUCUCAAGAUUCUGGUAGCGUUUAUGAAUAAGCUAGGGUACAAUUAUUGCAUCGCACACAAUGGACAAGAAGCCCUUGACACCUUCAGAAAGAAUGCACGCAACAUUGAAAUCAUUCUCAUGGAUAUCUCAAUGCCCAUCAUGGAUGGCAUCGAAGCCACCCGGCGCAUCCGUGAAUUUGAAAAGACUCUUGAGGAUAAGCAACGCACCAUGAUUCUAGCCUUGACUGGCGUUGCGCAAGCCGAAACGGAACGAGAUGCCAUUGGGUCUGGUAUGGAUGCAUUUCUGACCAAACCUGCACGAUUGAAUGCUCUACGACCAAUAAUUAAGGACAGAAUGCCUCAGACAUGA